AGGAAAACACACUACAUUGCACAUUUUUUGUCAAUGAACCAAAAAAACUAUUAAAACAAUACAAAAAUAUUGCAUAUUUAAAUAAUAAUUGUGAAAAAGGAAAACAUAAUAAUGAAUUCAUCAAAAAAUGACGAAAAACAAGAACUCAGUAAAGAAGAUGCAAAAGAAGACAUUGCCAGCAUAAAUGGCCGUUUGUGCUCCCAGAUGGAACCAGUUGAAGGCGAACCAAAAACAAAAGUUGUUAAAUUACAAACCAUACAAGAACCUCAGACCAUAGACUUGUCACUAAGGCAACCCUACACACAGAACGAAUUUGCCAAGAAUUUACAGCAAGAAUGGUUUAAAGAGUCUAAAGAAGAUUUCAAAGAUUCCGCCACACAAGCUGCAGUCUAUACAGACCCUUUUCAAAUUUGUCUUUUGCCCGAGCUAUUGGAAAACAAAGAAAGCUGCAAGUUGUUGGUAAAAGAAAUGGUGGAAAAAGUUCAUUGGUCACGUAAACAAAUGGAUUUAUACGAAUUCUAUCAAAGCACCGAUUUAUCCAAUAUGAUUGAAUGUAAAUUUUUGGCAAACUUCUUGCAAAUGUUAAGACGUUCUGUAAGACCUUGGUUGGAAAAGGUCACAAAUUUAAAAUUAGACUAUGUGUCUGCCUCCUGUUCAAUGUACAACUGUGGUGACUAUUUGCUGGUACAUGAUGAUUUACUCAAAGAUCGACAAAUUGCAUUCAUUUAUUAUCUGUCACCGUGGGAAAAUAACGAGGUAUGGUCUGACGGACAGGGAGGAUGUCUAGAAAUAUUCUCUAGCGAUGAAAAAUCCCUGCCUCAGUUUCCAGUGAAAAGAAAAAUUUCACCGAAAAACAAUCAAUUUGUCAUUUUCAAAGUUGGCUCCAAAUCAUUUCAUCAGGUGGGUGAAGUAACAACAUUUGAUUAUCCUCGCUUAACCAUAAAUGGCUGGUUCCACGGAGCUUCGAAUGAUGAUUUAGUGGCAGAUGCAUUGAGACCCUUCAACAAACUACAAUUUAAACCAGCCACAGAACCCACCUCCGAUUCAAUAGACCAUCUGCUAAAUGAGGUAUAUCUUAAGCCCACAACAAAGCGCAGUAUUCAAAAACGUAUCGAAGAUAACUCUGAAAUAUGUUUAUAUGAAUUUUUCCGCCGUGAGAUAUUUGAAGAAGCAUUAAAACAGCUUCUUAGCGAUGAUUCUCUUAAAUGGUCUCGCCAGGGUCCAGCUAAUGCACAAAAUUAUGAGGUUUUAGACAUAAAAACCUGCUCUAAAACUAUAGAGAAACUUAUACAGACAUUUUCCAACAAACAAAUGUUUUCUUUAUUGCGAGACUUUACUGAUUUAGACUUAUCGGGUCCAAAUUGCUCUAAGCCCUCCUUUAGUUUAGAAGUACAAAGAUGGUAUCACGGUGAUUACACUGUAUUAGGAGACGGUGCCAUAUGUGAAGAUAACACACUGGAUUUAAUCUAUUACUUGAAUGCAUCUGAAGGUGCAGCUGUAAUUACAUAUUUAUCACCGGACACAGAUCAAGCCCAUUCCUCGCAAAAACAUUCUAGUCAAAGUGAUACUGAUUCUCUGGAGGGCGAGGGCUUUGACGAUGAUGAUGAAUCUGUUUUGCUGACUAUUACACCGGUGGACAAUGCUCUCAAUAUUGUUUAUCGUUGUGAGGGUACAACUAAAUUUACAAAAUAUGUCUCCCGCAAUACCUCAUUGGACAAGGGACCAGUUUUUGUUAUUUCUUGCAGUUACAAGGAAUAAUUAUAUUUAAUUUCUUCUCAAAGAGAAGUAUUUUAUUUUUUUGCUAUCACUUACAUAGUGUUUCAUAAAUUAGACGUAUCUCAUUGAAUUUUUUAUUCGUUAAUAUUAGUUUUAUAGUAUCAUCUUUAUGAAAAACUAUUAUCUAUAUUUAAUUAUGAUAUUGUAUUAACACAUUUGUUAAGCUGAGAAAAUUAAGAACAUAUAAAUAUUGUAAAGUGAAAAUGCAACGCUUUUUGAAUAAAGAAAAAAAAUGAGUAUGAUCUAUAAUAAA